UAUUUAUGUGGUUAGUUACAAAGUGUCCGCUACGAGGCGCCUUUUUAUUUGAAAAAUCAAGCUUGUAAGAUACGACGUCAUGUUAAUAUAUACGUGUGUGUUUCAACAGCUGAACAGUGUUAUUUUGGCCAGAGGCAAAUACGCAUAAAUUUAAUAGUAAAAUUACUCAGCAGCAUGUCAUUUUCAUUUAAUCUUCUCUACAACGAGAAACGUGUAAAAUAAGAUUUAUCAAGAAUGUGUUAGUGAGUGAACUUUAAAAAAAUGGUUUAUGGCCGAUAAAGGUAUAUCACAAAGAGAUAAAGGGUGGAGAAUCAUUCAAUCAACGACGUCGCAAAAAAUAUGUCAGACUUUGAAAAUCUAACAAUCAAGCAGCCUAUUAGGCGCUUAGAAAUUCAAAUUAAUAAUUUUAAUGUCGCCAUUCCACAUCAUGUUGAUUUGUUACAACGACAUAGGAAUAACAUUAAAAAGUAUCAAGAUCAGCGUGAUUGGGAACGAAUACAAAGGGAACACGCAAAUGUCUCUAGGAUUAUCAAACAGUUGAAGGAAUUAUUAUAUCAAAUGGAUACUCUCAGAGCACAAGUACUCGACAAUGAUAUUGAACAGUUUGACAAACUAACAGCGAAUGCACGAUCCAGUAUCAUGGAUGCAAUUAAAGAAUACUUAGAGAUGGAACUAAAUUUAUGGUUGUCACCACCCUCAUCACCAGUAAGUGGAGAUCAGUUACCACAUCCACUUGCCAAUGUUCAAUUACAAGCAGAACAGGAAGAUUUGCAACAUCAGCAAGAUUGCUUGCAAGUCUGGAGUUCUUUGCAAGGGGAUAUACAACAGUUACAUGAGCUUUUUGCUGAAUUUGACAAAGUUGUACAUGAUCAGAGAGAAAUGAUGGUUAAUACAGAAGAGAAUAUUGAAGAAACCCAGAUAAAUGUGAAGAAGGGCGCAAAGUUUUUAGAGAAAGCCUCAAGGUAUAAGGUUGCUGCUUAUCCUUUAGCAGGCGCUUUGUUAGGCACAUGUAUUGGAGGGCCUAUAGGUUUGAUAGCAGGACUCAAGGUUGGUGGACUUACUGCUUUAGGCUGUGGUAUUUUAGGUUUCACAGGAGGAUCAUUGUUGAGGAAGAAACAAAUUGAAACGGUUCCUAAUAAAUCAGUUACCGAUGUCAAAAAUGUUAAAAAAUCUGUUUCUUGUCCUGAAAAUUUAGAGACGGACAAAAAGCAAUUAUGACAAAACGUUACUUCAUCAAAAUGUGAUAUUAGUGUUAAACAUACAAAAAAAUGUAAUAUUGUGUAAUUUUAAAUUGUUGUUACAUUUGUACGUUUUACUAUUUCACAUUUUUUAUUUGGUUCCUUUUUGCUUUUAACAUUUAUGACAUCAUACUUAUAAUUAUCUUUUUACGAUCGCGAAAUAUUAAAGUAAGUUUGCACAACUAAUUCAAUCUAUAAAUUUUUGUUUAAAGUACAGACGGUCUAUCUUGCAAUGUAUUAUAUCACCGUACCUUGCUUAUCUUCGUAGAAAUUAUCAUUCGCGGCAUAUAUACGCAGUAAGCAAAUUGAUGGCAGAAUGUGCGCAGAUUGACAGCGAAAAUCAGAAUCCCAUACCAAAACCAUAGCCAUCUGUGUUCGCAUUCAGCUCGUGUUUCGUCGUUAGGGUUUUACUAGUACGCAAUGCGAGCAGAUUGGCAGCAGAAACCGCGCAGAUUCUAUCGCGCAGCAAAGUUGAAUUGCCCGUCAGCAAGCUCUGUCACAUUUCUGAUGACAAUUUGGCAACAGAUAUAACAAAUCUUGUGUUGGAUUUGCUGUCUUUCUGCCAUUAAAAAUUUGUAGCAGGCUUUGCUCAAAAUCUGUUUAUACAGGUUUGACUAUCUAGGAUAUAGCUUAUAAGUUCUGCCAUGCACGUUUGAGUUGAAGGAAAGAUUUCUUUUUUAUAAAACAAUGACAUUAGUCAUUGCCUUUCGCGUGCCUUCUUAUCGCUUCAGGCCACUUAACAUACGUACCGUGUUUUGCAACACUUUUUAAACAUAAUAAACCGCCUGUAAAAUCGCUUAUCUACGAAUUACUACGAUCACGGCCAUAUUUUUGAAUAGAAAUAAAUAAGAUAGAACACAGAUACACUUUGUGCAUCGUGUUUAUAAUAGAAAUGGUUAUAUCAGUUUACGAUAUUUUUUUACCGUGAGAUAUUUUAUACUUGAAACAGACUGAAUUGGAUUGUUUGGAGGAAAUUACUUUUGACACUCGUCAACAUAAGAAAUAUAUGUUAAAUAAGAUAUAAAAACGUUUUAUAUACAUUGACCAAAUUAAGAGAGUGCAAAUUACAGUUAAUACUACGUUAUUUUAUUUCCUAUAAUAUACACGAUGUACGAUUGUAAAAAUCGAUUGGAAAUCAUAGGAAUUUACUCUCGCAUAUAAUUAUAUAAUAUAGGAAAUGUGAUAGAUAAUGUGGGAAAAUAACACUCGUGAGAAGAGCUUGAGUUCUCUACAAAAGGCACCCAAUACAGUAUAUUUAGCAAGUAAUAAAAUACAUCGGUGUUAGACACGGUACAAUACUGAAAUAAUCGUGUUAUUAAAUGUAAUAUAUACAUUUCAUUCAUAAUGAAAAUAUUUAAUCUAUAGGGACUAAAGAGUGUUCUAUAUACUUAAAAAAAAUAUUAAUAAAUAUCUAAGAACAUA